ACAAAUCCACUUUCUGAUAUUUUUACAAUUUUAAAAACCCAUGAUAAUUUUUCUAUAACGCUAAUGGCGUGUACUUCUAUUCAAAUAAUGGAAAACGAUUGUUUACCAAAAUACAUCUGCGAAAAUUGUCAAAAUAUGCUAACAUCUAUGCAUAAGUUUCGUAGCAUGUGUUUAUUGUCCGAAUCAAUUUGCUUAAAAUAUACUGAAUCACUCGAUGAAACUCCUUUAGAGUACAUAAAAAAUUCUAGACUGAAAAACCUGAACCAUUAUUACGAGAAUUCAGGUGAUUUAGAAGUCGAUCCUGACUACUUAAGUCAAAGCAAUUCCCGAUCAUCAUCCCCACUCCAUGAUGAAAAUGAACGUAAUUCAUCAAGAUCUCCAUCACCUCUUCACGAAAUCCAACAAAAUAAUCGAACAAAAUUUCGUCAAAAACCCGAAAAAGAACUUCGAAUCUGUUACAUAUGUGGAAAAAUGACAUUAUGUUUAACCGAACAUUUGGUAACACAUCGUAAUAUACGCGAUUGGAAGUGUGAACAAUGUGGAAAAUGUUUUUCAAAUCGUGUCGCUGUUCGAAAACAUCAAGCUGUCCAUAAUCCACAAAAAGUGCAUGUUUGUGAAAAGUGUGGUUCAUCGUUUACAACAAAACAUACAUUAACACGACAUAUACGAACUGUUCAUUUUCCAACAAAACAAUUUGAGUGCUCAAUAUGUGGAAAACGUUUUGAAAAUGCGUACAAUUUAAAAGUGCAUAAAAUGAAACAUAGUGGUGAAAAACCGUAUAAAUGUAAACAUUGUCCCGAACAAUUUACAUGUAAGAUUAAAUUUCGUGAACAUAAUAUUCAGUUACAUAACGUAAAACCAAUUAAAUUAUAUAAGUGCGAAAAAUGUAAUUUAACAUUUGUAUAUAAUUUUCAAUUAUUAGCGCAUCAAAAACGACCGGAACAUGAAGCGGGUGGUUUGUUCCAAUGUACAAUUUGUUUGGAAAAAUUUGAAAAACAACGUUUAUAUCAAAAACAUAUUAAAUUAAAACAUGAAAAGAAAAAUCAUGAGGAAAAAUCAAAUGUAAUUGUACAUUGUGAAAUUUGUAAGAAAAGUUUUAAACAAAUACGAUAUUUAAAACGACAUGAAAAGUUACACGAUGAAAAUGGUAAGAAAUAUAAAUGUGAGACGUGUGGUAAAGGAUUUUUAUGUAAUGCAUUUUUAAAGGAACAUGAACGGAUUCAUACGGGAGAAAGACCUGCAAAAUGUGAAAUUUGUAAUAAUGCGUAUAUUUCUUUUAGACAAUUGAAAAAACAUGUUAAAACACAUCAAAUCGAAGAUAGGUAAUAAAUUUUGA